UAAUAUAACUGAAGCCUUAGAAAAUUAAUUUAUAUACUUUUAAAAAAAAUGAUUUUAAAUUAUUUUUAAAUUUUAUUGAACCGUGUCACUAUUAAAUAAUAAUAGAAUUAAUUAAUAAAUAAAAUGGAGAUGUGGUGCGUAAUCACAAUGUUGAUUUCAAGAUAUUUCAAGUGUAUCAUUUAUUCGAAGUCAUCGAUUGAAAUUGUUGGUACAAUUUUACGGCAAUAAUACGCGGAAAUAUAUUGCGAAAACAGUGAAAUUUGAUCAUGAAAUGAAUAAUCUGGCUGUCGCAUCGCGUACGUGAUGGAUCUGAAAUAAAUUAUUUUCCUUCUUAAUGUUAUUACUACUCCAUGCUGUUUGUUCGUUGAGGAAUUAUUCAUGAAUGAUUUUUCCUUCUUUUUUUCCUUUUUUUUUUUCUCUCUCUCUCUUGUUUUUCUUUACAGAUGUCAGUUGUCAAUCGUUAGUGCAAUUCCUUUGUAUCCUUCUUCACAGUCGUUCGCACGGAUCUGGAGGAUCGUGAACACGAACGACACAAAAGCGAACUUGGAUCAUCACGACCACCGUGAAAAUCAAGAGCAGAGAAUUUGUGAGACUAAGUACUGUUACCAGAUCGCGAAAAAAAUUGAGGAAAAUAGAGAUGCCACGGUGGACCCUUGCGAAAAUUUCUACCAGUAUGCUUGUGGUUCGUGGAACAAGCACAAUCCCAUACCAGACAACAAAGUUGAAUGGUCCGAGGAUGAGAUUAAAGCGAAUAAAACGAAUAAUCGUAUCAGAGAAAUCCUUUCGGAAGACGACAAAUCAACCGAUAUCAUACCUGUUAAAAUGGCCAAGAAAUUUUAUCGUUCCUGCAUGGAUGUAGACGCGAUCGAAAAGAGAGGCAUUAAACCGAUUCAAGAGAUCCUAGAUCGCACUGGAGGAUGGCCUGUAGCCAUGCCAUUCAACGAGUGGGAUCCUGAUAAAACACCUUGGCAGAGGAUCGACAAGGAAUACAUGAUAUUAAUCGGAAACAGCGCUUUCUACAAUCUCGAAUACGAAAUCGAUUUGAACAAUACGAAACGCUACGUGUUGACAAUAGAUCAAGCCACCGAAUAUCCUCUGUCGAGAAAAAGACUGUUUGUGAACAUGUUCGAAAUGUUUUUAUACGAUGACGAUCAAUUCACGAUAGGUAUAUUUCGUAUGAUUCAAACUUUCGCAAGGGAAAAAGGAUACACUCUGAAUCGACGACAUUUAAUUAUCGAUAUAGUGGAAAUGUUAUAUUUCGAGCUUGAAUUGUUGGAGAUCAUCGAAAAUGGGAAGGAAAGUCACACGGUUAGUGAUAAUUUCGAAAGAAUGACGAUCGAACAAUUGCAGAAAUGGUAUGACAAUUCUGGCGUUAAUACAUCUACGGCAAAGAUAGACUUCUUGGAAGUGAUACAAUACUCUUUUAAAAUGGCUAAUAUCGACAUAAAUUCAUCCGAACCUAUUAUAGUGUACAACCCAAUAUUUCUUCACAAGCUGGCCAAUUUACUUGGAAAGACAUCUCGACGUGUGUUGGUGAACUACAUCCAAUGGAACAUGAUCGACAAAUUUUUGUUGUACACUACGCAAGAGAUGAGGGACAUAAAGUUCGAGAUGUCAUUGUCGUCGUAUAACGUGUCCAAUUUUAUUCCACGAUGGGAAAUUUGUGCGAACAAUAUUAGAAUGAAGAAUGCGGUUUCUUACAUGUUCGUUAAGGAAUACAUCUCGGAUAACGUUGUUCACGAGGCGACGAAAAUGGUUGAAGGAAUGAAAGAAGAAUUAAGACAUCGCAUAGGUCAGACACAUUGGCUAUCAAAUUCCAUAAAAGAGAAGCUGAUGGAAAAGUUGGAUAAUCUACAAACGCAGAUUGGAUAUCCAGAUUGGUAUAAGGACAAUGCUGCUGUUAUUCGAUAUUACGAUGGACUUCAAAUAGGAUCGGAUUAUUUUCAAAAUAUUUUAAAUUGUGAAAGGAACGAAUUGUUAAAAAGUCUGACGGAAUUCAGGCAGACUGUUAUGAGAGAUAAAUGGUUAGAUUUUCCUAUAACAGUUAAUGCGUUUUAUGCUCAAAUAAUCAAUUCGAUACUUAUACCAGCAGCUGAGUUGCAAGAUCCUUAUUUCACGCAUAUUUUACCAGACGCUAUUAAUUAUGGAACGAUCGGAUUUGUAAUUGGACAUGAAUUAUCUCACAGUUUCGAUAACGAAGGAAUACGAUUUGAUAAAGAGGGUUACAAAAUUCCGUGGAAUUCCAAAAAUAUAUCAGAAGAAUUCGAGGAACAAUCGAUGUGUUUUGUCAAUCAGUAUAACAAUUAUGUACUUGAUGUCAUAGACGAAAAUGGGGAACUCUUUAAGCUGAAUGGAUAUCUAACCGAAGAUGAAAAUAUGGCUGAUUCAAUUGGUAUACAAAUUGCUUAUUCAACGUACAAGAAAAUAGCGAAACAAAAACCACAAACCAAGUUACCAGGUUUAGAAAAUAUUACCAACGACGAACUUUUCUUUUUAUCCUUUGCGAAUUCUUGGUGCUCUUCGACGAGGCCUGAAUACGAGGCAGAUAUGGUGAACAAAGACGAGCACAGUCCUGCAAAGUAUCGGAUUAUAGGUUCCCUUUCCAAUAUGGACGCGUUUUCCAAAACUUUUAAAUGCUCGCGAAACAGUCCAAUGAAUCGACGACACAAGUGUACGUUCUGGAAUUAAUAAAACUAUAUACAAAAUUAAUAAAUUA